UUGUAUGUAAGCAAACCAACCCUUUGCGAUGGGAAAUCGUUGCAGGAUAUUUUGGAAAUUUUCCUCUUCAGCAAAUCAGUGCAGUUGUGCAAUUACCUUUGCAACAAGCUAGUUGAGUGCAGAAAAAUAGUGAGAUUGAAAAAAUGUAGCUGCAAAAGUGAAGUUUUUUUUUUGUAAUAAGAAUACCUACACAUAUUCGAAAAGCAUUUAAUAUAGUCAAAUUGGCAAAAAAGAAAAACGAAAUUGUGCUUCUAAUGUGAAUUGAUGGAGCAAGUCAAAGGAGGCCAGAAUGUUUGUAAUGAACUGGUACAACACUCUCAGUAAUCGCAGCUUGGCGAUAACGUUGCUCAUUUGCAUAUCCUUAAUAUAUGUAUCAUAUACAUUUAAUUCGUGCCUAUUGACCAGCAUCAGUCGUACAUUUCAAAAGAAUCCGCUACGCAGCCUAUUAUUUUCUGCAGAUGCUUUAGCUGACGCCUCGAUUGCUGCAAGCGCUGCUAAACUUCAUGCGCCCAACGAGAUGGGCAGCGCCACCGCAAGCGCUAAUGCCAGCUUGUCAACGAAGCACACGCCGGAAGCGUUAAACUUAAUAAAUCGCAGCUCUUCCGCUGUGCGGCGUAUUGUGCCACUAAGUGGCGCAAACAGCAGCAGUAGUAGCAACAACAGCGCCAACAACAUAGCCGGCACUGCACCGCGGGAGGCUGCUGAUGGUUCGCCCAAAUAUCGUUUCCUACGCCAACAAGGCCUACAUCCGUCGCGUCAUCUACCCGACACGCUCAUCAUUGGCGUUAAGAAGAGCGGCACUCGCGCGCUACUCGAAUUCAUACGCCUACAUCCGGAUGUGCGCGCCGCCGGCUGUGAGGUGCACUUCUUUGACCGCCAUUAUCAGCGUGGAUUGCGUUGGUAUCGUCACCAUAUGCCGUACACCAUUGAGGGUCAAAUAACAAUGGAGAAGACACCAAGCUAUUUUGUGACAAAAGAAGUACCGCAGCGAGUGCAUCAAAUGAACGCUGCAACAAAACUGCUCAUUGUGGUGCGUGAUCCUGUUACACGAGCCAUAUCCGACUACACGCAAGCGGCCAGCAAGAAAUCGGAUAUGAAACGUUUUGAAGACUUAGCCUUCGUCAAUGGCUCAUUUGCUGUGGUUGACACCGCCUGGGGACCGGUUAAAAUUGGAGUUUAUUCACGUUAUCUGGAAAAAUGGUUGAAAUAUUUUCCCCUCUCACAACUUCUAUUCAUCAGCGGUGAACGUCUUAUCAUGGAUCCGGCGUACGAGAUUGGACGUGUACAAGAUUUUUUAGGUCUCAAACGUGUAGUGACUGAGAAACAUUUUUACUUUAAUGCCACCAAAGGUUUUCCAUGUCUAUUCAAAUCGGAAGCGCGUUCAACGCCACAUUGUUUGGGCAAAACGAAAGGACGCAAUCAUCCACAUAUCGAAGAAGCUGCCAUUGAACGUUUACGUGAGUUUUAUCGACCGUUCAACAAUAAAUUUUAUCAAAUGACUGGCAUAAAUUUUGCAUGGCCCUAAGGGUAGUAAGUACACAAAUAUGUAUGGAUGGAUGUAUGAGCAUAAGUAACUAUUUAAGGAAAUAAGAAGUUUUGUUGAAGCUUUAAAAGCUUAACAAAAAAUCAAAUUUACGAUAAUCGGAAAUCUACGAUAUAUGUAUUGCAUAUUUAUGUACUGUAACAGCUGAAGUUGUUACAUAUGUAAA